GUCCAUCGUUCUUUCCCUCCACUUCAUCACAAUCCAACUUGCUCAAUCAGUCUCCUCUUAUCUUUUCCCUUUCGUUGCUUUCUCCUAUCUCCUGCAACAAUGUCGGGUCGUGGAAAGGGUGGUAAAGGUUUGGGCAAGGGAGGUGCCAAACGUCAUCGUAAGGUGCUAAGGGAUAAUAUUCAAGGUAUCACCAAGCCUGCGAUUCGUCGUCUCGCCAGACGUGGUGGUGUGAAGCGUAUCAGUGGUCUUAUCUAUGAGGAAACUCGUGGAGUUCUGAAGAUCUUCUUGGAGAAUGUCAUUCGUGAUGCUGUGACCUACACAGAGCAUGCUCGUCGUAAGACCGUUACUGCUAUGGAUGUCGUUUAUGCUUUGAAGCGCCAGGGCAGGACUCUCUAUGGUUUCGGUGGUUAGAAUUCUAGGGUUUCUGAAUUCGUUCCGUAAGAAAGAAUGAUUGGUAGCUUAGAAAUUUCUUUUACUUCUGUUAUGGUUUUGUCUAAGCUUGUAAAAAUGUUCAGAUCUUCUGAAUGAUCAACAUCUUUGAUGGCAUUUUAGCCUUCAAUUUAAAUGAAAAUAUAAUUUCUUGAGAAAUUUAUCUUGAA